UUGGUUACAAUUGUGAAAGAACAUUGGGAGAUGCCGCAGCGUGACUAUAUGGAGCUCAUAUCAACUCUCUAAAUCCGGUCUGUGAUUAGUCUCGUCUCCAAAAUUCAGCAAUUCCGCGCACUGACCAAAAUAAAACAGUAUUUUUUUUAAAAAUGGGGUAAUUGAAAUCUCCCUGUUGUCUCAUUUUUUUAGGGAUGCAAAGAGAAAUAGGUUUGCCAAAAUUCAACUGUUUUGUAUUUCCUUUCGCCAAUGCAAGAGAAUAACGUUUAUAUUUUAUAGUUUCGUUCAUCUGAUACAUUGGGGUUAAAAAAUGGAUGGAAACCUUUGCCGUAUGUGAUCUUUAGAAUAGAGCAAUGUGAUCUGAUAUUUCAGUGCACGCCACGUGUUUGUACAAGGAAAAUACUUCGGUCCUUAGUGCUGGCAGCAAAUUGUCUCUCCUAAAAGUCUGCUGUUGAGCUGAAAUUCAAAGCAAGGUGUCACCAAACAGUAAGAGGCUUCCUGAUAAAUGUGCUUGUGGAACUAUGUCUGCUGUUGCAUAUAUCGAACACUUGGCCGCCGAAUGCUUGGUCUCCAUCUCCAACCGCCCUAUUGUGCAUCAGUCACCCGGGCAGCACUUGAGUGAAGAGGGUGACGGGGACCCCAGUUGCAAGGAUGCAGGGUCCCUCACCACCAUGGCCAGGAUCCUGGCCGGCCUCAGCAAACGCCAACCGCUCUCGCAAAUCGGAUGCAGUCAGACUGAGGGCUGCACUAAUUCCGAGGGAGACGCCUGCACCGCGCUGGGCAGCGGAGCACACCGCUGGGAGCCGCGCCCUGCCAAUGGAGUUGCGCCGGAGUUUGGACUGUUGCAGUGCAGCGUAACGAGUGAGAUGAAGUCCUUUUCGGGCAAAAGGCACGAGUGCUCCUUUACCGGAUGUGGCAAAGUGUAUAGGAAGUCCUCGCACCUGAAGGCACACUUCAGAACGCAUACGGGGGAAAGACCCUUUCCUUGCACAUGGCCUGAUUGCAGCAAAAGGUUUUCCCGUUCCGAUGAACUGACACGACAUUACAGAACCCACACUGGGGAGAAAAGGUUCAAGUGCCCCAUGUGUGAGAAAUGCUUCAUGAGGAGUGAUCAUUUGACCAAGCAUGCUAAGCGGCACCCUGGCUUUCAUUCCAGCAUGCUUCAAAAGCAAUGUAGAAGAAUUGGGCCACUUCGAUCAGCAGCCCCUGAAACAGCAAGAUAAAAGCCUAGCUUUGGGAGGAAGGAGAUAGAUUGCUUAAGUCAUAGUAUCAUCAGUACACCAGUUUCUUUGCUGCUGCUGUUUGUAGUCUGCACUUCACUGCUGUGGUAUCAAAACUCUGCAACACUUUCUAGUCGUGGCUCUCCGCUUGCUCGUGAUCUAUGGUUGGCCAGCAAAUUUUGUUCUGUCACAGCCCUCAACAUCAACAGAUUCUCAACAUUUCCAGUAAUCCUCGGUGCAGUUUGAAAUGUAGUCUCCCAAACUACGCAAUAAUGACUCCUGCUGGUGUGGAGGUUUACCCAACAUUUUACUUUGCUCAGCUGGACACGGACUUGGUUCAUUCUGAAAUGUUUGGGAUAGUAUGUUAAUAUAGUAAAAACAAUGCAACAUUACUUCCAUUUGGUGCUAUAGGCUCUACAAGAUGUGACUUUGGAUUUACACCAGCAUCAGGCUAAUGGGAAGACUUACAAACUGAAUACUGCAGUGGUGCAUGUGACCAUCUAAAUGCCUUGGCCUAAUUAUGACUGGUAGUGUAUUUUACAUGCUUACCCAAAAUAGGAGAUGGGGGAAAGGUGUACAAGAGAAUGUUUGUUUUUCUCAGCUUUGGCAAGAUAAAAUGUUACUGUUUUACAGUACUAUCCUUUUGAAGAACAAAUACUGGAAAAUCUACCUCAUUAAACUAGAGUGAGCAAAAGUAUACUUUACACCAUCAAUCACUGUAAUAUGUAAAAGAUAAAAGUUGCCAGUUUUACCAGACCAUAGGGUUUCUGUCUGGUGAUGGGCUAACUUGAGGGUCACCACACUUCGUGAGGGGAGAGAUGUGUGGAUGUUUGUGUGUCACAUUGUACCAUUGUCUGGUUUAGUCCUUUUACUGCAUGUAAUGCAACUAUAUUUCCUUUAAUCACCUGAGAUCUUGAAAUUUAUAUUUUGUGAAAGCUGACUAAAAUAAAAACUUAAAUUCAACUUGU